AUGGCCAAGGAAACCGCCAAUGACACCCAGGUGGCCGAAGAAAAUGAGGCUCCCAAUGAUGAGGCGGUCCAAGCAGAUGAAUUGGUCCAAGCUGAAGAUAUGGCUCAAGCUGAUGAGUUGAUACAAGGCGAAGAAAUCAAUCAAGGAAACGACCCCUCGGACUGGAACCAGACGGAGGAGAAAGAAGUCUCAAAGAUUGCUGGGACUAGCCAUCUCAAGAGGCACAUCACCUUGGGUUCUUGUCCUAAGAUAAAGAAUCAAGAGCAGAGGCUGGCACUGCCUUCAGCAGGGGGUACUGAUAAUGAUGGUGAGGGAACUGUGGAGCGGCGAACUAAGAGACGAUACAGAUAUACUGGUUAUGCAAAUGCUGCUUUUGAUCAAGACCGCAGUUGCUCAUACCUGGCGAAGAUGAUCAUUCAGCAUGACUACCCGCUUCACAUUGUUCAACAGCCGGCAUUUGGAACUUUUAUUGAGAGCCUGCAGCCACGUUUCAAGAUUGUGGAUGUUGAUACGAUGGAGGGAGAGGUGUAUGCUGUUUAUCAGAAAGAAAAAGAGAACCUGCUUCAAGCAUUCAACAGUAUGCCUGUAAGGAUCAGCCUCACCAUAGGAUUGUGGACAACAAGUCAGACUCUUGGCUAUGUUUCACUUGCAGGGCAGUUUAUCGACACAGAGUGGAAAGUACACCGAAGAAUGCUUAGCUUCAUGAUGGUGUCAUCUCCUCAUUCAGAGAAUGCACUUAGUGAAGCAAUUAGCAUGACCCUUUCUGACUGGAAUAUGAAGGACAAACUAUUCACCAUCACAUUGGAUAAUGAAUGUUCCUCACAUGACAUUUACAGUGCAAAUCUGAGGGAUUAUCUAUCCAACAAAAACAAUCUCAUGCUUAAGGGACAGCUGUUUGUUGUGAGGUGCUAUGCCCAUAUCCUUAAUGCUGCCGCACAAGAUGUCAUGGCUUCAAUUCACGGUGUCAUCUACAAUAUCCGUGAAAGCACUGGCGGAGCUACGUUAGGGCCAUAG